AUGGGACACAUUAUCUUCCAUGGACACGAGAGCGAAAUUUGCAAAACAACAUUGCACGAAAGGUUCGCACCUGAGUGCGACGUGACCGGCAUGUGUGUGAACGCAUCUAAAACGAAAAGCCUAGUGCUAUCUCGUUCCUCUGCCCAUUGCUCUCUUCAGAUUAACGGAGAGGAAGUGGAGCAAGUGGAGAAGUUCAAGUACCUCGGAACUGUAUUUACUAGUGAUGGAAAAUUGGAGGAAGAGAUCGACCGGCGAAUUGAAGUAGCCAGUGUCGUUCUAAGUGAACUGGCCCGAUUCAUGUGA